GCGGCAGAGAAGGGUCAUGUAGAGUCAAUGCAUAGUCUUACCUAUUGUUACAACAAUGGUGAAAAGAUAGAGAAGAACUUGAGAAUGGCCUUUUACUGGUUUAAGAAAGCAGCAGAGAAGGGUCAUGAAGGGUCAAUGUACGAUCUUGCCUUAUGUUACCACAAUGGUGAAGGGACAGAAAAGGACUUGAAAAUGGCUUUUUACUUGUAUCAGAAAGCGGCAGAGAAGGGUCAUAAAGAAUCAAUAUACAAUCUUGCCUUACAUUACUACAAUGGUAAAGGGACAGAAAAGGACUUGGAAAUGGCUUUUCUCUGGUUUCAAAAAGCAUCAGAGAAGGGUUAUGAAGAGUCAAUGCACAGUCUUGCCUUAUAUUAUAACAAUGGUGAAGUGACAGAAAAGGACUUGGGAAUGGCCUUUCACUGGUUUCAAAAAGCAGCAGAGAAGGGUCAUGAAGAGUCUAUGCAUAGUCUUGCCUUAUGUUACAACAAUGGUGAAGGAACAGAGAAGAAUUUGGAAAAAGCCUUUUAUUGGCACAAAAUAACUCCUGAUAAUUUUAAAAUUAACAACUUAUGCAAGGAAUGCAAUCAACCAUAUAUUGAUUACAAAUGGUGCCAACAAUGUAAUAUUAAACAAUUUCAGCAAGAAUUUUCAAAAUGGACUAGUAAAAAUAAAUUUAUUGAUAAAUUUAUUCAAGAAGCACAACUAAAUGCUAAAAGUAAUUAUGAAGUUUUAGAAUGGAUACCUUAUAAUAAGUUGAAUAAUAUUAAUUAUUAUGAUAAAGGAGGAUUUAGUGAAAUUUAUAGGGCUAUUUGGUCAGAUGGACCUAUUGAUAGUUGGAACUUUAAUGAACAACAAUGGAAUAGAUGGACUGAAUAUGAGGUUAUUCUUAAAAAUCUUAAUAAUUCAUCAAGUUUAAAUGAUAAAUUUUUAGAUGAGGUAUAG